AUGGGUCAAGGCUUCUCUCUCGCGACGCCCUCCGCGGGCUCCGCGGGCAUCGACAUUCCCGAGCUCUCCGAUCUCAUGUACGAGAAGAGCAUCGGAAACGCCCGCUUCAUGAAGAGCAUCCGCGCCAGGCACCAUGAUGGAGUCGCUCUGGUCAAGGUCCUGGUCAAGCCGUACACUCCGAUGGCGUUGGACAGAUACAAGCGCGAUAUCGAGAAGCAGCGCAGUGCCCUUGCUGAUGUGCCCAACGCUCUCGGCUUCCAACGCAUCGUCGAGACCGAAACCAACGGUUACCUAGUCCGACAGUACCUGUACAACUCCCUCUACGACCGAAUGAGCACCCGGCCGUUUUUGGAGGAUAUCGAGAAGAAAUGGCUGGCAUUCCAGCUCUUGUGCGCCUUGCGCGACUGCCACGCUCGAGAUAUCUACCAUGGCGACAUCAAGACGGAGAACACGCUGGUGACGUCCUGGAACUGGCUGUACCUCUCCGACUUCUCUUCGCCGUUCAAGCCGAUCAUGCUUCCCGACGACAACCCUGGAGACUUUUCAUACUACUUCGACACAUCCGGUCGCCGAACGUGCUACGUCGCCCCCGAACGAUUCGUCCCGGCCGAUGAGGUGAAUAGCAAAAACGCGAAGCUUACAUGGGCUAUGGAUGUCUUCAGUACUGGCUGCGUCAUUGCAGAAAUGUUCUUGGAGACGCCCAUUUUUACCCUGAGCCAGUUAUACAAGUACAGGAAAGGCGAAUAUGAUCCAGUCAUCUCCCAGAUUAGUCGCAUUCCGGACAAAGACCUUCGCGACAUGAUCUCGCACAUGAUCCAGCUCGACCCAGAGCGACGAUACUCCGCGGAGCAAUACCUCGACUUUUGGAAGAAGAAGGUAUUUCCUGAGUACUUUUACAACUUCCUCCAUCAGUAUAUGGAGCUCAUCACGGACCCAUCGUCGGGAAACAACCCGAUCUCCGGAGCGACCAGGAACCUGGGUGAAGCCGAUGACCGGAUCGACCGCGUCUUUCUCGACUUUGAUAAGAUCUCCUACUUCCUUGGCUACCAGAGCGAGAAGCGUCCUGCGCAGAACGAGGUCCUGUCAGGAAAACUUGGGCUGGGCCAUUUCCCGAUCCGGCUAAACAUACCAAAUCACGAGCACUACAUCACGGGCGCUUCGGAUCCACCCGAAGAUGACGGGACUCUGAUCUUUUUGACGCUGAUUGUUUCUUCUCUCCGUAACACGGCGAGGGCGGCCUCAAAAGUCAGAGCCUGUGAUGUUCUUCUAGCCUUCUCGGAGAGAAUCACGGACGAAGCAAAAUUGGAUCGAGUGCUGCCAUACCUCAUGACGCUUCUUAACGAUAAGUCGGAUCUUGUGGUUAUCGCGGGACUUCGUUCCAUUACCCAACUGCUGCAGCUUGUGCGGGUUGUCUCACCCGUGAACUCGCACAUAUUUGUGGAGUAUAUUCUCCCUCGACUUCAAGGUGCCAUAAUAGCAAACGCAAACAUCCCCAGCCCUCUUGUGAGAGCCACCUACGCUUCGUGUCUAGGAAGCCUCGCACACACUGCAGCGCGGUUUCUGGAGCUUGCGGCGACACUGAAGGCGGACGGUACACUCACCGUAGCUGACCCUGAGCUCGAACCGGGGCUCGAGGCGGAGGCCGCCUUUGACGGUCUUUUUGAUGAUGCACAGAAGGAGCUGUACGAGAUGUUCGAGCUACACACCAAGGCCCUUGUGGAGGAUCCCGACUUCUCGGUUCGGCGGGCGUUUUUGACAUCGGUAUCCGACCUCUGCAUGUUCUUUGGCCCGGCAGAUGCCAACGAUAUUCUCCUGACACAUCUCAACACAUACUUGAACGACGGCGACUGGAUGCUCAAGUGUGCCUUCUUCGAGACUAUCGUUAGUAUCGCCAGUAUGGUGGGCAGCGUCAGUCUGGAGGAGUUCAUGCUUCCUGUUAUGAUCCAGGCCCUCACUGACCCGGAAGAGUUUGUGUUGCAAGCGGCCUUGCAUUCACUGGCGCAGUUGGCUCGACUCGGCUUGCUUUCCAAAACGAAAUUGUGGGAGCUUAUCGACGGUGUCACACGAUUCACAAUGCAUCCCAACAUGUGGAUUCGAGAGUCUGCGACAGAGUUUCUCUCUGAGGCGACACGCUUCCUGUCUCCGGCAGAUGUUCGGUGCAUCGUCUUCCCAAUGGUUAGGCAAUAUCUCAAGACCGGAAUGGUACCUGAAUUUUCGGAACUCGCCCUGCUGGACGCUCUGAAACGACCGAUGUCAAGAGCUGUAUUUGAUCAAGCCUUGAUAUGGGCUUUGAAGACUGAGAAAGGAGUUUUCUGGAAGUUGUCGCAGCAGCUUCGUUCUUUUUCGUACGGAUCGCUUUCGAAGACAAUCACCAGCCGGGCGUCUAAGGAUACGCUGAGUAAGGUGUCCAAGAAUGACGAAGACGAGUUAUGGCUCGGGCGACUGAGGAACCUUGGACUCGGCCCAGAUGAUGAGUUCAAGCUUCUCGCCUUGCGGGAGUUCAUCUGGCGCAUUAGCGAGAUAAAGUCGAGAGAAGGUCUUGGCCAGGAACCGGCCAAGCUCAACGACGUCAUCUCCCUUAAGAGUCUCGGUAUCACUCCACAGACUGUUUUCUUCGACGAAGAGCCGUUGCAGCAGUCGACAUUCCAGCCCGAUUCCGACCAAAAGGGCCCAUACACGAUUGCAGACGCUCUUUUGGAUGCGUCUAUGACCAUCGACGAUUCAACGGGCAAGAGGAAGUUUGCCGCUCUCAACAACCUGCGCACUCGUGUGGUUGAAGACCAAGGCUCUUCAUCACGGGAUGUUUCUCGUGCGAGAUCGAUCGAUCCAACGAGACGCUCGUCUACUGGUCAGGGCAAGCUGACGGUCGGAAGCCCGACAGAAGAUGGGGCGUCUGUUCAUGAUCGGCCAUAUGCAUCUCGGAGGGCGAUUCGCCAUCAGUCUAGUGCGUUGAGUCUACUGGACCGGAAAGACGGCAAUAAGAGCAUCCCGGAAACCGGCAUGUCUGGUACGAACGCGUUUGGCGAAGUGGAAGGACCGUUUGCCCAGGCACCUCCUGCGCGACCGAACCUGCAAGACCGCCGGACUAGUACUACGAGCGUUGUCACUAAGCUGAGACCGAACCACUCAUACGAAGGCUCUGACCCGAGCAUUCUCAAGAUGCUUGACUCAAUGUACCAGGACAACUAUCCCCACGACAUUGCUGAAUUCGGGCCAAUGGUCACCCCAAUCACUCGUCGGAAACCCAGUCGCUCCGUUGGCCAGUCAGGCGACGAGCCGUGGCGGCCCGCCGGCCGCAUGGUUGCUACUUUUGCUGAGCAUACCGGCGCGAUUAACCGCCUGGUGGUCGCGCCAGACCACGUCUUCUUCAUCACAGGUGGAGAUGAUGGCAACGUCAAGGUGUGGGAUAGUGCCCGCCUGGAGAAGAACAUCACCCACCGAUCGAGACAGACACACAAACAUGCUGAUGGCGCUAAGGUACUUGCGUUGUGCUUCAUUGAGAACACGCACUGCUUUGUCAGUUGCGCAAGCGACGGGAGCGUCCACAUCGUCAAGGUCGAGACGGUGUCAGCUAGCGGCGUACUGCGAUACGGGAAGCUCCGUCUGUUGAGGGAGUAUCAACUUCCGAAGGACGAGCACGCGGUCUGGUGCGAGCAUUUCAAGAUCGAAUCCACCUCGGUCUUGCUCCUGGCGACGAACAGAUCUCGAAUCCUGGGCAUCGAUCUCCGAACGAUGACCCUCCUCUACACGUUAGAGAACCCGGUUCAUCAUGGAACACCGACAUGUUUCUGUGUAGAUCGCAAACGAAACUGGCUGUGCGUGGGAACCACACACGGAGUUCUCGAUCUGUGGGACCUGCGAUUCCGCAUGAGACUCAAGGGAUGGGGCGUCCCGGGCAAGAGCUCAAUUUAUCGAUUGUGCAUUCAUCCUAGCAAGGGGCGAGGUAAAUGGGUCUGCGUCGCCGGCGGGACGGGCCAAGGCGAAGUUACCGUUUGGGAUCUCGAACGUACCACGUGCAGGGAGAUUUACCGUGUCGGUGGUAACAAGGAAGGUCCUAAGGGAUACGAGCCUUGGGAGGUUGAUGAAGACAAGCCAGAAGGCAUGCUGGGCCGUUUCGCCACUAACAUUGAGCCAAGCGGAACUGGCAAUACGGAUCGUGGAGUUCGUGCAAUGAUUGCCGGCACCGGCGCCACUGAGGACUCCCGCGAUGUUAGACAUGCCUUCAUCGUCACGGGCGGAUCCGACAAGAAGCUCCGGUUCUGGGACCUGUCACGGAUCGAGAGCUCGACAGUGUUCAGCGGGCUUCAAGUGGACGAUCCCAAACCGACGUUCACGGCUUCUCAUCCCACGACGUCCAUGACCUUGAACACGGAGAGGAUUCCGAGACAAACGCCAACGGCGACGAACGCUGCAGGUGGAGCGAAGGGAAAAGCCACUGGUGGAAGGCCGACGCGAUCUACGGUUAUUUCUUUGCAGCACCAGCAGCUGCUGCGGUCUCACCUGGACUCAAUCAUGGACGUGGCUUUGCUGGAGCUGCCGUAUAGCAUGACGCUGUCGGUUGACAGGUCUGGGGUGGUGUUUGUGUUUUCAUAA